GAGCCAGUUCCAAUUGGACCGAGCGCCCCCCGCCUCUCUUCAGGAAAGUCGUUAUUAUGCUGAUCGAUGCCUUGAGAGAUGAUUUUGUGUUUGGGUCAAAAGGUGUGAAGUUUAUGCCUUACACCACUUACCUUGUGGAAAAAGGAGCAGCUCACAGUUUUGUGGCUGAAGCAAAGCCGCCUACAGUUACCAUGCCGCGAGUCAAGGCGUUGAUGACAGGGAGCCUCCCCGGCUUCGUGGAUGUCGUCAGAAACCUCAAUUCCCCCGCACUGCUGGAGGACAAUGUGGUCACACAGGCAAAAGCCGCCGGGAAAAGGAUCAUCUUCUAUGGAGACGAAACGUGGGUGAAGUUAUUCCCAAAGCACUUUGUGGAAUAUGAUGGAACAACCUCAUUUUUUGUGUCAGAUUAUACAGAGGUGGACGAUAACGUGACGAGGCACUUGGAUAAAGUAUUGAAAAGGGGGGAUUGGGAUGUGCUAAUCCUCCAUUACCUGGGGCUGGACCACAUCGGCCACAUUUCCGGGCCCAACAGUCCCCUGAUUGGGCGGAAGCUCAGCGAGAUGGACAGCAUCCUGAUGAGAAUCCACACCUCGCUGCUGUCAGAGGAGAGGGAGGCCCUCUCGCCCAGCCUGCUGGUUCUCUGCAGCGACCACGGCAUGUCCGAGAGUGGGGGCCACGGGGCCUCCUCCCUGGAGGAAGUGAACACCGCGCUGCUCCUCACCAGCUCUGCAUUCGAGAGGAAGCCCGGUGAAGUCCGGCCCCCAGAGCGUGUGCAGCAGACGGACCUGGCCGCCACCCUGGCGGUGGGGCUCGGCCUGCCUAUCCCGCAGCACAGCGUGGGCCGCUUCCUGUUCCCCGUCGUGCAGGGCAGAGCCCUGCGGGAACAGCUGAGGCUCCUGCACUUGAAUGCAGUGCAGCUCAGCAGGCUGUUGCGAGCGCGCAUCCCGGGGUUUGAGAGAGAGCAUGGAUUCGAACAGUUUAAAGUAUCAGAAAGGCUGCACGGAAACUGGGUCAAACUGUACUUGGAGGAAAAUAAUGCAGAAAUCCUUCUCAACAUGGGAGCCAAGGCCCGCAAGCAGUACCUGUACACCCUGAAGGCCCUGAGCCAGGCCUUGAGCAGCCAGGAGGCCCAGUACGACAUCUACUCCAUGGUGGUGGGGACCGUCGUGGUUCUGGAGGUCCUCGCCCUGCUCCUGCUCAGCGUCCCGCAGGCCCUGGGCACCACGGCGAAGCUGGAGGUCCCUCUGUCGCCCGUGUGUUCUCUGCUCUUCUACGUGAUGUUCCUGCUCCUCUGGGCCACGCACAUGGUCGUGUGCACCUCCGCCGAGAGCUUCUGCUACCUGUGCAGCCUCGCGUGGCCCGUGGCGGGCGUGGUGCUGGCGCUGGUCUCCGCGCUGCUCUGUGGGGUCUUGUCCACUCUGACCAGGAUGUGUCUGCGUGGAAAGCUUCUGAGGAGGAAGGCAGCUCCUUCCCACUGGAAAUGGUCGGAGCUGGACUUCCUCAUCCUGGUGGGGACUGCAGGCCACGUCCUGAGUCUGGGUGCGAGCAGCUUCAUCGAGGAGGAGCACCAGACCUGGUACUUCCUCAUCAGCACCCUGUGUCUGGCUCUGAGUCACGAGAGCUACAGAAGCUGCUUCCUGGGAGACGAUGAGGAGCCUGAGCGUCGCCCACGGGUGGCAGGAGAGUUUGCCGGCGCGGCAUCAGCUUUGCCGGACAGAAGCGUCAGCUGUGACAUGUUAGAGCUCGACCAAGCACGCCAGAGCCCCUCUUCCCUGGACGGACUCCGAGGGCGUGAGAAGUGCAUGGCGCUGGCCAGCCCGUGGCUGAUCCUCGGCUGCUGCCGGCUGCUGCGGUCUCUGAACCAGACGGGGGUGCAGUGGGCCCACCGCCCUGACCUGGGACACUGGCUCACCAGUCCUGACCACCAAGCCGAACUCUCCGUCCUCGCUGCCCUUUCCCUCCUCGCCAUCUUCGCGCUGGUUCAGAGCAGGUGCUCCUCGGUGGCCAAGGGGGCCCUGGCGCUUGGCCUGCUGGGUGUCUACUGCUACAGGGCAGCCACUGGCCACGUGCUGUCCCCAUGGCAACAAGACAACAAGGACGUUUCCAGGGGCAUCAUUGAAGCGUUUCGUGUUUUUUUUUUUCUGUCCACGGGCACCAAAGACAUGCUUAAGUCUCAAGUCCUCGCUGCAGGCAUCCCAGUCAAGGCUGUAGGUCUAUGGGACGUGUACAGCGGACUGGUGCUCCUGACAGCCUUGCUCUUCAGACCACAUAACCUUCCUGUCCUGGUGUGCAGCCUCUUGAUCCAGACCGUGAUGACCAAGUUCGUCUGGAGGCCCCUGAGGCACGGGGCCGCUGAGGUCACCGUCAUGCACUAUUGGUUUGGUCAAGCGUUCUUCUAUUUCCAGGGAAACUCCAACAACAUCGCCACGGUGGACAUCUCGGCGGGCUUCGUGGGCCUGAACACCUACGUGGAGGUCCCGGCCAUGUUCCUGACGGCAUUUGCGACAUAUGCGGGGCCCGUGCUGUGGGCCAGCCACUUGGUGAACUUCCUGAGUUGGGAGCCCAACAGCGGUUCGGCGCUGAGGCGCGCCUGCUUCUGCUACGCGCUGCUCAGCUCCGUCCCGGUGUCCGCCUACGUCGUCCUGGUGACGGCCCUGCGCUACCACCUGUUCAUAUGGAGUGUGUUUUCCCCAAAGCUCCUCUACGAGGGCGUGCACCUGCUCGUCACAGCCGCAGUCUGCCUGGGCUUCACCGCCGUGGACCGGGCCGGUGCCAGGGCAGACGCUGGGAAAGUGGCGCAUUGUUAAAGCUGCUGUUUACUUCAUGGGUUUGAUUCAUAAAAGUAGAUGUAAGUUCAAGGUUAUUCUAAAAAGAAGAGGUGAGUCCUACAGUGUGGGUGAGUAGCUCCAAUUGCUGGGACGACUAUACUUGACGUUGAGUUCAGUAGUAAGUGGCUAAGAAAAGGUCACUUUACAAUACUUAAUUUGAAUAUGAAUCCUAUUCCCCUGUGGACAAUCACUACGGAAACUGCUGGACGUCUGAUUGCCUCUGGAUGAGUUAGGCUGUGGCCAACCCUGUGUGUUUACAUGGUGCAUCCAAAGGUGGCGAGGGUAUCGCAUGUGCGACCUUCAGAGGUUCGACCCUUUCGACCCCAGGGCCCUGGACCUCGGCUUCAUGGGGUCACAGCUGUCAGCACUGAUGGCAUUGAAAAU